AUGGAUGAUUGGCUGGAUGACGACGAAGAUGACGAAUUGCUUGACAUCUUGUGCAAAAGGCCACCUAGAGAUUUAGCAGCCUCCUUCACUCAAACCCAUCAAGACACAACAGAUGUCACAGCACAACUGUUGAAAGCCCAAGGCGAAGCCAGCAUGCUGCGAGAUCGCAUUCAAUUCGUCGAAAAAGAAAGGGACCAGGACCGGAAACAGCAAUUGGUCAAAGCAGAAGAGCAAACUCUUCAACAUCAGCGAGAAAUCGAAUCGUUGAAAGCUGAGCUACAAAGAGCAGAGGACGAAAAGAAGUUUUUAUCCUAUGCCGGUAAAUCUCAUCUAAAAUCAAAUGGCUUAGCUAGCACAACAGCAGUACCGCGUCUCCCGUCAGCUUCUCACGAAAGCACUGAUAGUGAUGAUCCAGUAAACAAAAAGCGCAAGGUCGUCGAACAUGUGAAGGAGGUCGUGGGGCUGAAACCAAACCGCAUUUUGGCGGACGAAGCGGGGCUUUUCAUCCAGUCCAUCAUCUCGCAUCGAUUAAAGGGCUCAGAUAUGACUACUUUAGAGAUCUUGCAUAGCAUACGCUUGGCAGAGGUUCAAAACUUCAGGUUCCGCGAUUUCGAGAUAAACGAUGGUGAUACUGUGGGGAAAGGACUUUUCGACCUGCUUAUGGUACGGAAACGAUCAUCUUUGAAACUGGAUCACUUCAUUGAAUCUCUACUGGAGAGUUUGGCGGUUCUUAUUAAAGAAAUCUCAGAACAUUCGAAAGAGUGCAACACGGCGAUACCAUUUUUAGUCGCCCUGAUGCACCACUCUGUUACUUUUCGUCCAAGUGCAGUGCGGUCUACAGCUCUCAAAGAUCUUUUUCAUUUUAUGAUUGACUUGGUUCGCGCAAACAGAGGGAUUCUCAAGAAACCUCUUGCUAAAUCGCCUUUGCAUCUCGACGUUGGACCUAAUAUUUUCCAGUAUGAACUUAUACGCGUACUAACUGUACUUUAUGCAUUUGAUACACUCGAAGAUAGCUUAAAGACACUUCAAUCACUGUCACUACAGUGUCAAAUCGCGUGCAUUGACGAACCAUUCUGCGAGGCAGUGAACGAGCUGUCGCGUCUUUCGCUCACGAUAUCAUAUCAGCCGGUUCUGAAUGUCAUCUAUAACACUAUGGAGAUUUUCAACUGCAUAGCUAACAUGCUAUUAGAAUCACCUGUGCUGGCCCAAAGAGUACCGUAUAGCUGGUGGGACAACGUGAAAAAUCGAUUAUAUCAAGUCUUAACCAAGACUGUCAGUAACAAUGAGAUACGUGAAUAUGAUAACGAUACACUAUUUCUGCCCGACGAAACAAACGUAUACGGACUGAUCAGAAACAUAGGCGAUAAUUUCAACGGUCGGUUCAUUUCUAGGCUAGUUGCGAGGCAUGAACCCCGGUCAAAACCCCAAGUUAUUUUGAAAGACUUUCCGAAAACUGAAUUGAUUACUCGUAAAUCAAUUGACGUUGAAUGGUGGGGCCUGAAGCUGAAACUUGGAAUUUUGCAAUUGUUCGGUAAGCUGGUAACCAUAUAUCGAACAUAUCCCAUCGAGAAGGUCAUGAUACAAGUUUUGACACGUCAAAUGGCUCAAACUCAAGAAAUUAUGCUUACAGUUUUGUUAGGACAAGAUUCCGAGAAUACUCAUACCUAUUACGAUUAUUUCUCACACCUCCUCAGACUGAUCUUUCAUAUUUGGCAUGACAGAGGGUGCGAUUUAGGCCUUAUCAAUGACGUUGAGAGUGAACUUACGGUUUGUUUAUGGAGAGUGGUUUUUGGGACUGAGUCAGAAAAUGACGCUUUAGUGAAUAGGAUGGAAAUGGUUGAGCAUAAAACACUGGUGGAUCAGUUCGAUGAUCUGAGAUUACAGUCAGAGUCGGGGCUGUUCGAAGAUGCUUUUGACGGUAAUGACAUCGAUUUCGUGAAGGAAGAGCUGGAAUCUCUAAGUUUUAGUCGCUGUCAAGAAAUAAUGGGUAUUGGAGUCGAUAUGGGGUUGAAGGAAAUGGCUAAAAAAAUGUUAGAGGGAAUCACAUCAAUGGAAGAUGCGGAUGUCUUGUAUUUGACCAUGCGUGGAGGUGAAGUGACGGCGGAGGAUUACCGCUAA